AUGGCUGAGGAGACCGUACGUUUGCCUAAUUCACCGGAUGUAAACAGAUCAUGGAGAAGGAUUUCUACUGGAAAACUCAGUUUUCUAUACAGCCAAGACAAGAUUCUUCCUAACUAUCUCAGAUCACCGACUAGUUCUUGUCAUGAUGUCUGCAAAUAUGGAAGCAAACAUGAAUCUGAGGACAACAAGCCAAGAGUUUCACCUCUCAAAAGGAUUACCAGAAGAUUUUCUGGAACCAUAAACUUUGAUUCACCAUUGAGGAAGAAGGCAUUUACCAAAUCGGUGUUGAGUUCUUCUUUUGGUUCUGUAAAAUGUGAUUCUGUUGGUGGCUCUGAUCAUGCUAAGACCGAAGUUAGAAGCUUUUCUAGCAACGGUUGUGACGAUGUUAAGAAGAAGAAUGAGGUACAUAAAACAAAUGAAAAGGUGGCGUCGACUAAGAGAAAGAAGAAGAAGACGUUCUAUGAAUCUCCCGGAAGAGCUUUAUCAAGAUCUAAAGAGAAGGUUGAACAAAACAGGCGUGUCACUGCUUUGAAGCUUAAAUCUGUUGCAGAAACAGCAGCGAUAGCUCUUCGGAGAAGUACUGUGAAUAGAAAGAAGAUGAAUGGUGAAUCUAAUUCUGCUGAAACAAAGAAGGCAGUUGUGCCUUUUAGAGUCUCAAUAUCCUCAAAACGCUGUUCUCGAUGCUUGAGGACAAAGAAGGAGAGUAGUAGCUUGAGAGUUCCUCUAAUGAAAACCAAGAAACGUGUGGAUGAGCAGUGUAAAGACUUGGUUGAAGAGAGAACACUCUUUGUUAUUAAGAUGGAAACAGGGGAUGAUCAGAACCAAAUGUGUGUCGUGGAUUCAGCAACUGAUGAUCUAAAUAGCGAAAAGAGCCAAGAAGAAGCUGAGUGUAUUGAGAGUGAAACUGAUGAUGAAUCUUCUCAAGAAGAGGAAGAAUAUGAAGGUGAGAAUAUGAUGUCUUUCUCUGAAGAUAACAACACACAAGGGCAAGGAAAAAGCAGAGCCCUCUCAGCAGAAUCCGCUAAAUUGGUGAAACUGAGAAUCAAAAGAGAAAAGAUUAUAGAUUUUGGAUCACAAGGCAAUAGUCCAAGAAAGCUCAAGUUCAAAAGAGGAAAAGCCGUCACUGGAGCUGACACAAACUCUAAAUCUGGUGGUAGGAGACGCUUAAAGACCAAAGAAACCAAUUUGAACAACGACGAGGAACAACACAAACCUAGAGUUGUUCUGAAACACCAAGACUCACAGAAGAAGAGAGAUUCAAGAGUGCUAUUGUUUAACAAUGUGAUUGAGGAAACAGCUAAUAAGCUUGUGCAGACUCGCAAGAGCAAAGUAAAGGCUUUAGUGGGUGCCUUUGAGUCUGUCAUAUCUCUCCAAGAAAGGACGUCUUCUGCAACAACAUAA